AUGCAACCUCCGUCGAACCUCGAAGAUAUACCAGUCGCCGUCGAUGAUGCUUCUUCCUUGAUUCUCGCCCAAUCUUCAACAGCUCUAGAGAUGGCUACCUCAGUUAUCGCCUCAGCCGCCUCCAUGGCUUCCUCCACAGCCGCAUCCGCAACCUUCAUCGCGUCCGGAGCACCACAGCCAUACGACGAAGACGAUUCCAAUGGGGAGUGUUCGUUACUGGGCUCCUUCGCGCUGCUUGUACAAGGCGCACUUGGUGCUCUGGCUCUACUCUCCCUCGUCUAUAAGCGGUGGCGGGAACGACCUCAACGACCUCUCAAGAUUUGGUUCUUCGACGUGUCAAAGCAGGUUUUUGGUUCUGUGCUCGUCCACAUCGCCAACAUCUUCAUGUCCAUGUUGACGAGCGGUCGAUUCUCGGUCCAGGUCGACCCUUCAGCAACAUCCAUGACAAGACGAUCCGAUGACGACAACUACGCCCCGAACCCAUGCUCUUUCUAUCUUCUCAACCUCGCGAUAGAUGCAAGUCUCGUUCGUUUCACACCCGUCGGUCAACCCCCCGAAUCUGUUCAGUCUGGCAACUACGGUACGCCGCCCAAUGCCUGGUGGUGGUUAAAACAAUCAGUCAUUUAUUUCUGUGGCCUUUUUGGCAUGAAGAUCUGCGUGCUCAUCAUCUUCAUAAUGAUGCCUUGGAUCUCAAAAGCUGGCGAUUGGGCUCUUGGCUGGACCGAGGGCAAUGAGAAGCUUCAGAUCGCGUUUGUCAUGAUGAUCUUCCCCCUCAUCAUGAACGCCCUCCAAUACUAUAUCAUCGACUCGUUCAUCAAGCUCAAAGAGACCAACCACGAAAGCCAUGGCAACGAAUCUGAUGACGAAGGCCGCCGCAGGAGGUACGACGACAGCGAGGACGAGACUUCACGUGUCAGACUUGUCGAUUCAGAGCACGAGACUGACAGUGAGUCCGAUGACGAUGACGAUAAGCAUGUCACGCGUCCCACUCAUUCCACGCAACCCAAAGGCAGAGACUCUGGAGAGUAUGAUCCCGAGCGCGACGGUGACGAUCGCACAAUCAUAGGAAGCAGUGCGAGCGCCCGUGGUCCUCAGGAUAAGGUUCCCCAAGAGCUAUAUCCCAAGGAGUAG